GAAUUGCACAGGGGAGUAAACAUCCUGACGGAACGCACGACACUGCUUCCGGAUUCUGUACAGCUGUUACUAACUUUUUAAAACGUUAAAGCAAUAAAAAAUAGGGAGCCAGAAAAUACAGUGGGAAUUGCAUAAUCUGUCUGCUGUGCAAGUUCAUCAGUAAAUGGUGGUAACCUGCCAAGGUAGAAUAAGGGAGUUACUUUAUCAGAAGGUCGGGGCUAUGCUGUGAGGAGCAAAAGGGUUUUCCACACAGCAGAGACAGUGUAAAAGAGCCCGGUAGCGGACUGUGUAUGACAGAGUAGCAACCAUGCUGACACUGUCAAGCAAAUUAAAGCGUGAGGACGGAUUAAAAGGUACUCGCACGUCAAGUCAGGCUUCAGAUUCCGCACGUAGAGUAUCUGUCAGAGACAAACUGCUUAUUAAAGAAGUUGCAGAACUUGAAGCCAAUUUGCCUUGUACGUGUAAAGUGAAUUUUCCUGAUGCAAACAAACUACACUCCUUUCAUUUAACUGUCACACCAGAUGAAGGUUAUUACCAUAGUGGAAGAUUUCAGUUUGAAAUUGAAGUACCUGAUGCAUAUAAUAUGGUGCCUCCGAAGGUAAAAUGUUUGACAAGAAUUUGGCAUCCAAACAUAACAGAGACUGGGGAAAUCUGUUUAAGUCUACUGAGAGAACAUUCAAUUGACGGCACUGGCUGGGCUCCAACAAGAACUCUGAAGGAUGUUGUAUGGGGACUGAAUUCAUUAUUUACUGAUCUUUUGAAUUUUGAUGAUCCAUUAAAUAUUGAAGCUGCAGAGCACCAUUUAAGGGAUAAGGAAGAUUUCCGAAAUAAAGUUGAAGAGUACAUUAAGAAUUAUGCUAGAUGAUGAACAAAAGAUCUCACUAGGACAUUAACUGAAGAGUGGAACACAGCUGCCAAUGAUAAAACUGUAUUAUAAUAAAGUUGUAAAAAAAAAUACUAAAAAUGACUGCGUGGCUACAAGAAGUAAAUCUCUCAAGUAUCCCCACCUAAUUUCAGUAAACCAAAUCUUCAGCUUGAAUUACGGCAACUGACCAUCUUUGGAUGAAGCUCUGGUUACUCUCAGCUCAAGCUCAAAUAUUUACUUAAAAAAUAAAGACCUAACACAGUAUAUCUGCAUUAUAAACUUGGAUGUUUCCUUUGCAUGUGAUGUGUUGCAUUUACUUGAAACUUUUACAAUAAAUGUUCUACCAUCUCUUUAUCCAAGUACAGAAGAAGGUGAGUGUGGGAUCUACAGGAGUGUUCACAUUUUUAAGAUCUCCUGUAUAUGAUUGAUUUGUGUGGUCUUUAUGGUCUUUCACGCACCAUAAUAAAAAUAUAAAUCCAAUGCAUUUUUAAUCUUGUAAUGGAAGGGCUCUCUAUUAGGAUAUGCAUGCUGAAUUGCAAGUCCUCUCUUCAUGUUUACUAAUAAUUGCUGGGUUCAUGUAUGAAUGGUAAGGUGUUUGUAUUAUGUAUAUACAUAAAUCAGAAAUAUAAGUCAAAGAAGAUUUUUGAUAAAUUUGAUUCAUUCAAGGGUUGCAGCUUAGUCUAUGCAGCUGCCUGUCCCCUUUCUCUUUUCCCCCUGUCCUAUGAGGCAUGUGUAAACUACUCUGCAUAUCUACUGUCCACCAUCUCACCAGCAGUGCAAUCCAGAGCUAAUCCAUCCUGUUUUUAAAGCCAUAUUUGUCGAUGUUGAUUUUAAAUCUUCCUGUUUCCAAAGCUUACCCAUAACAAUGCUUGUUUGCUAGCCUAUUUACCCAUAUGUGAGAAGACAGUAAAUCUAACUUCAACUGCUGUUGAUGUGUCAAGCAACAGGAAAGCUGUCAUUGCUAUAAUAUGUAGCAAGAACAAAGAAAUAAAACUGGAAAAAUAUAAAGAUUUUGAUAAUUGUAGUCAUA